AUGUUUGAUCAACCAGAUCAAACUAGUAUGUACUACAAACGAUUGCAACCAGUAACCCGCUUUGCACCCCCACCGACGGCAGGGUGGGGGGUCAUGAAUGACGCACCUGUGCAGGCAGCGCGGCGCAAUUUGGGUCAAUGUCGUGGUAGAUCCCCUCCCGCACUGUACCGCCGCAUCGGGGCGAAAUUCGGGGCUAGAAAAUUACAGUACUCUUUCCUGACGACAAAAGUAGCUUAA